AUGCAGCAGGGCGCGUCGUCGCCAGAGCCGGUUUCGCACAUCGACUCGAUGCUGGAGACGCAGCUGGGUCUGCUGGGGCUUCCGCACACGUUUCUGGAGUGGAGUCUGAACAACUUCAUGGAGUGGAAGGACGAUUCCGCGGGGGACGAGCGGCGCGAGAAGCGGCGGCGUCUCAAAACGCUUCUCGGCGGCGACGGGCCGCUCGACUGCGCCGACUGCGCCGACUACGCGCGCGUCGCUCGCUCGCUCCCGCGGGGAUCCGCGCGACGGCGGUGGAAGGAGCGACGCGUGCUGCGCACGGAGGGCGAGGUCACGUGUCUGCGGUUCCACCCGCUGUUCACCGCGGUUUCGAUGGGUGCGGGGAAGACGGUUUCGCUGUUCGAUUACCGCGAGAAUCAGGCGAUGCCGCCGCUGGACCCGAAGCUGAGCACGUGCGCGACGUCGCUGGAGUGGAUCAAUCCGUCCGAGUCCGCAUUGCUGGUAGAAGGGACGCGAAAAGGGGCCAUCUUUAUUUGGGACAUCCGACAACCGCGGGUCGUGUCGUCUUUUGUGGCCUUCCCCGUGUUCUCGAAGGACCAGCCGAAGGGCAGCGAGGUCACGCCCGCCAUGCUCUGUCGCUGGAGCCAGUCCGCCGGUUUGCUCGCAACCGCGGGGACCACGCAGCUCGUGAAGGUCUGGAACCUGGAGACCGAGCAGCUCGCGUGCUGCCGCGCCACCGGAGAGGAAUCGCCCGUGGUGUCGCUGCUGUCGGAGGAGCGGAGCGGCUUCACGUGCGGGCUGCGGAACGGCCGCGUGCUGCAGAUCGACGCGCGGACGCACGACGUGCUUCGACUCUUUCAAUCGCCGCAAAACGACGCGAAGCUCGUCGGACUGGUGUCGGUUAGCGAGUUUCUCUUCGCUACCGCCGAGUUCGAUGGGUGGCUCCGCUUCUUCGACCGGAGAAACGCGUCUACCGCGGUUUCAGAGCGGUUUUUGGCGCCGACGCUGACGGCGCUGGAAGCCCAGCCAGCGAUGGAGAUGAUGGUGACCACCAGUCUGCGGUCGGAGCUGCGGAUUCUGGACCGGGAGGGAGAGACGAAGCAGGUGGUGAGGGCGACGAAGGGAUUCCGGACGAAGCCGCUCGGCAAUUUGAUGGGGGCGGCGAUUCAUCCGCUGAGUGGCGCGGUGGCGUGUUAUAAUGCGCGUGGUGUGGUGUGUGUGUAUGAAUAG